AUGGUCAAUGAACAGGAUCGUGAACACCUCCGCCUCGCCGUCUCACUCGCCCACGAAGCUCUCAAAGCAGGCGACGCCCCUUUCGGCUCUGUCCUCGUAUCAUCAGACAAUAAAGUCCUACGGACAGACCGAAACCGCACCGUCACAGGUGCCGAUGGCGACGGCCGCCCCGACGCAACUCUACACCCUGAAUUUACGCUCGCGCGGUGGGCACAACUUAACCUCAGCGCCAAGGAGCGCAAAGCUUCUACUGUGUACACAAGCGGGGAGCACUGCGCAAUGUGCUCUGCUGCGCAUGCGUGGUGCGGAUUGGGAAGGAUUGUGUACGUUUCUUCAACGGAGCAGUUGGAGGCUUGGAAGAAAGAGUUUGGCGUUGAGGCACCCGUUGCACCAUUGAGUAUCAACCAAGUUGCUCCAGGGAUCCAAAUGGAAGGUCCUGUAGAGGAUUUGUCCAAGGAGGUUUAUCGUUUUCAUGUUGAGAAUUGGACGGGGAAGGGAUUUGAGUCCAAGGCUUGA